UGGUGGCGCGCUUCAGGAAUAACAAGAGAACGGCAGAAGUCAUCUACAGUACAUGUAUCUGGUUCGACAGUUUCAAGAAAACAAUCUGAAAUAUCCUUUGUUUUACAUAUUGACAGAUAUCUUUCCUACCUUUGGUUAGUUCAGGGUUGGAAUAUGUCAUAAUUAAUCGACCAUGAACGUAGGCAAAGCAUGACAGAAGUAAAACUGAUUUUCAUUUUCUCGUCUUGACGGUCCAAAAACUUCAAGUGCAAAGUUUGGUCUUGCAAGAAUUUUAGAAAGAUUCUUGUGUGAAAUUGAAAUGGCAACGUCUUCCAACAAGCGUGUGUGUCUUGCAAGCAGGCCAGGUGCCAAUGGGAUACCUUCUGUCGAGAACUUCCGUAUGGAGGACUGCCCUAUGCCGGAGCUUGAGGACGGUCAGAUUCUCGUCAAACUCCUGUGCCUGUCUGUCGAUCCGUACAUGAGAUGUAGGAUGAACAUGGACACUGGCACGGACUACAUGUCACCAUGGAAACUAGACACCACCAUUGAUGGGGGAGGGGUGGGCGUGGUCGUCAAGAGUCGGAGCAUGGGCCACUCCAAGGGUGACGUCAUUGAGGGCUUCCAUCUACCGUGGCAACUCUAUGUAGCGCUGGAUGUGCAGGGAUUCAACUGUCUCAUUGUCAACAAGGUCGACGUGGCUUUGGUGAAAAAGCACUGGUCCCUCAUGCUCGGCCUGUACGGCGUUUCUGGCAUCAGCGCUUACCUGGGCAUCAAAGAGAAGGGACAUGUGGUGCCAGACGGCGACCAGACGUUUGUCGCGAGUGCGGCAGCAGGGUCAUGCGGAUCAUUAGCAGGACAGAUAGCCAGGUUAGAGGGCUGCACCAACGUAGUCGGCAUCUGUGGCAGUGAGGAGAAAUGCCGCUAUCUCACAGAGGAGCUGGGCUUUAACCACGCCAUCAACUACAAGACGGAAGACGUCGGGGAGCGACUACGAGAAUGCUGCCCCAAAGGAGUGCAGGUGUACUUUGACAAUGUCGGAGGCUCCGUCAGUGAUGCAGUCAUUCAGCAGAUGACCCCCGACUCACAUGUUAUCCUGUGCGGCCAGAUCUCAGUCUACAACACCGACCUGCCCUACCCACCGCCCAUACCCGAGGAGACACAGCAAGCCCUGACGGAGCACAAUAUCACCCGAGAGCGAUUCCUGGUCCUCAACUACAUUGACCAAUUCCCUGAUGCUAUAGAACAACUCUGCGUCUGGUACAACAAAGGAGAAAUCAAGUACAAGGAGACUGUGGCCGAAGGACUAGAGAACGCCCCUUUUGCAUUUGUGUCCAUGAUGACUGGAGGAAACAUUGGCAAACAAAUAGUUCAUGUGGCUGACCUAUGACCCCAACCCCAGCACAUACCCAAGUAACGAUGUUCCUAAGUGAAAAGUUCAAUUAUCAAAACUCAAGCUGCCUUUUUUG